AGACCACUCCAUGCUAACCCGCUCCCUGCUGGCGCAGGCCCGCAGGGCGGCGAGCACUCUGGCCACGGAGCCUGGCCGCACGCUCUUUGUCUCGGGCUCGACGCCUCGCCUCGUCGUGCGCACCAACAUGGAGACGUACCUGGCCAGCGUGAUGGCGUCCCAGGCGGGAGGCGGCGAGGUGGACGUGAGCGGAUGGGCCGGCUCCGACCCGACGGGCGACCUCCGAGUCGUGGCGGCGUGCGACGCAGCGGGCGGCGGCGUCACGACCGUGAGCGUGCCCGCCUCUUUCAACAUCGAGGUGGCGAUGGGUGGAGCGUGCGACGUGGAGGUGGAUGGCUGGAUUGAGGGCACGGUCGCGGUGGCAGUGUCGCGGGGAUCGAUCGUCGUCAACACGGUGCGCGGACUCCUCACGACACUCUCCACGGGCGAGGGGCAGGUGCGCGUCAAGCACAUCGAGGGCAACCUCCGCGUCCUCGCCGGCGGCGCUGGCGGCGUCGAGCUCGGAAAGGUGAUGGGCGAGGAGGUGGAGGUUGCGUCGGAGGGAGUGGUGCAGUGCCGCGCCCUCUACUCGAAGCGGCUCGACCUCGCCGCCGCCGGCGGCGUGCGCGCCUCUGUCCUCGGCUCCGAGGCGGGCGAGCUCCGCCUCUCGGGAGGCUGCUCUGCAAUCGACUCGAGCGAGGGCGACCUGUCUGUGCGGCUUGGCGGCGCCGCGUCGCUCGACGUGCAGGCGGCGGAGGGCCUCCGCCGCCUCUGCGUGAGCCGUGACGCGCCUACCCCCGACCAGCCAGCCGCCGCCGACGACGCCGCCGCCGACGCCGCCGACGUCGUCGUUCAUUUUCCAGAGGCGUUUGGCGCGCUGCGAGCAGACCUCUGCGGCGCGAGCGUGGAGAUCGACCCUCGCCUCUCGCCGCAGCCGCCCGCGCCGCCGGCCGCGGGUGCGGGACCGGCCCACUGGACAGGCUCGCUCGGCGCGGGCGACGCGGCGGAGAGCGACGCGCACGAACGGUGGCUCGCCGGCCGGACAGAGCGAAAGAUGGACCGGUCACCGGGCGGGGUCGAGAUGUUCCGCGAGGGCAGCGGCGGCGGCGGCGGCGGCGGCGGCGGCGGCGGCGUGUGCGAGCUCACCGUCGCCGCACCGGCGAGCACCGUCCGCGUCGACGUGCAGAGCUGGUUCGAGCAGCGGAUGAAGACGGCGAUGAGUGGUGGCGCUGGGAGUGGCGAGGCGCCGAGCCUCAGGGAGCGGCGACCGCAGCCCUACCGCUAAGUCAGGAGCCCGCGCGGCAUUUGAUAGUGCUUGGGGAGAAAAAGUAGGACUCG